GUUUUUGCCACCUUGGUGAGCCUCAUGUUUGCCGUUCCACAAUUGGAGUUCGAGCCCCUGGAUCACUUCGAAGCAUUUGCCGGAGACUUUGAGGAAGGCCGCCGAGCGAUUCCCUUCGAUGUGCGGAUUGACCCUCAAUCCAUGGACUUGCUCUCACCGCAGGGCUUUGCCAACGCACUCCAUGCAGUGUGUUGCCUGAAGCCAGGGUCUGCCGCCCUGGCAGCCCCGGUUUGCAGCACAUUUGUCUUCAUGUCAAGGGGAUCGACCCAUCGGAGCAAAACCAAUCCUCUUGGUCGGAAGGAUUCCAAGGCAUGUGUGGAUGGGAAUAUCUUAACGGCCCGCACUUUGAUCCUGCUGACUUUGGCGGCAGCAAAAUGUUGCUUCUGGGUCCUCGAGCAGCCUAUGACAUCGGUCAUGGAGUACCACCCUUUGUUCCAGAAGGCUCUCCGAAUGCUCAACAUGAGGAGAAUGUCGAUUUCUAUGUCACAUUAUGGUGCCCCCCACACCAAAGCAACUGUCCUCCGGCCAGGCCAUGAAUGCAUCGAUGAUCUUCGGGAUCAUGAGGAAGAGCCCAACCUGGAACGCCGGCAGAUGGUCGUGCACUACGUGAACUCACGGGGAGAGAAGCGAGUGCACGGUGGGACUGAUCUCAAAUCAAGUCAGUCUUACCCUCCUGGCUUUGGAAGGGCCCUAGCAAGAGUUAGGACAAAACACCUGAAGCGGAACUUCCGGAAAGCAAUGAUCUUUCUACGGGGGGGCCAGGAAGACUGA